UUCUUGACAUCUGUCAAACUGAUCUAAAUGUCAAACAUAUGACAGAAUAACAAUAGGGAAAUUGUUUUAAUGCUUUCUCCAAAACAAGAAAUUGCCAGUAAAAUCAUAAAAGUAUGAAAAUUCGACCUUUAAGAAUAAAAAGAGGAGUUCGAAAAUGUUAAAUGAUAGUGACGAUGACGACUUUUCUUCCUCUUUUGCAUCAAAAUCAAAUUUAGCUCACCUAUUUAGUAAUAAAGUUACCAAAGGCCUGGAUAGUUCACUGAUUUACAACGCUCCAAAACAACCUCGAAAACAAGCAACAGAAACCAGUUCACUUUUGUGUGCUAAAGUUGUUACUAUCGUUGAAGGUUUAAAAGAAGAUUCAACAAAUGCUAAAUAUGGAUUGGCUAUUGUAGGAAAUGAAUCAUUAAAAACCUACGAGUUGAUUUUGUACAGAACUAAACAGAACAUUCUAUCAAGAACAAAGAUAUCAUCUUCUUUUAAUUUCUCCAUUCAAGAUUACGUCUUUGGUUCAUUUAGUGACAGAACACGUCAAUGGGUUGUAAAAUUUAAAGAUAGGAACGAUGUUUCUGAUUUUUGUGACAAACUUAAUAAUACAGGAGCUGGAAUUAUAAGAACAAACACGGAAGCUCACAGAGCUAUAUCAAGUAAUGAGCCUGUGCAACGUCAAAGUCCAGAUAUACAGAAAGGCCCUAUUUUAAAAAUAGAAACAGAAAAAGAUAGAUAUGAGGAGAAUGACUUUACAACAAAUAUUUCUAGCAAAAUUAGAGAGUUUAGUAGUGGUAUCUCUAAAAUUGGAGUCCCAGUCCUUCCUCGAGCAUCACCUGCCAUUCCUUGUACAGAUAUUAAUAGCAAGCAAUUUAAUGAUAGUCAACUAAUUUCAAAAAGUUCUGAUGACAUUGUACAAAUUGAAGAUACAAAAAUUUCAUCUGCAAAUAACUUAAAUAUACAACUAAAUGUAUCAGAACCUCCUCAGAAUCAAUUUGUUCAAAAUGUACAUUUUUCAAAUUCCCAAAUAUUAUCCGUGCCAGAUCCGAUAAAUUUAUUAGCAGCAGAAACAAGGAUUGCAAACUGUGAAACAAAAUUAAGUUUAGCUCAGAUUCAGUCUAAACUUGACCAACUUUUACAAUCUGCAAAUAAUUUGCCUGAGCCACAAUCAAAAGUAUUACAGUCAAAAAAUAAAGCCCUACAGUUGAAGAUAGAUAACUUAGAGGCAGAAAUAGGAAAACUAAAAACAGAAAAUGUCAAAUUACAUUGUAACUACAAUGAAAGCGGUGCAAACCCUCAGUUUAUUGAAACAUUAGAAAUUGAAAACCAAGAGUUAAAAAACAAAAUUUUAAAUUAUGAAGUUGAUGUACUAAAUGCUAAGAAAGAAAUAGAACUUUGUCAUGAAGAAAGAUCUAAUACAUCUCGGCUAAUAGAACAAAAUCAAAACUUGCUAGAGGACAAUGUGAAACUACAAAAUAAAAUAAAGGAAUAUGAAGGACAAUUAAAAGAACUGAAUAAAUUAAGACAUACAACUAUUGAACUGAAGGAAAGUAUUGAAAUAAAAGAACAACAGUUGCUGGAAUGCAAACAUGAACUGGAAUGUUUUAAUCCUGAGGGAGAUAGAGUUAACAAAAUGGAAAAAAUGAAAAUUCUCGAAAGAGAAAUAAAAGAUAUUAUGAAUGAUAUGUACCAAACAAUUAUCAGUUCUGGUAACAGUGUAAAAUAUCCAAUAAGUGAGGAAUUUAAACUUAUUUUAGUGAAACUUGUUAAAAACAGUACUUUUAAAAUUAUAGAGGAGAUACAAAAGAAAUUUGCAUAAGCAGCUGUGAUAUUUUCUAAAUACAUAUACGAAUUUUCAUUGUAAUAAAGUUUCUUAUAACUACAAUUGUUAUUAACUAAUUAUUAAAUGUGAUACCUGAUACAGUCUUGUAAAAAUAUAAAAGGAUAUUUUGAA